AUGGGGUACUUCACCAACUUCACCAUCUUUGCGGACCACUACAACCGCGCCCUGCACAUCGCCCAGGCCGUGCUGGUGCUCGGCGCUUUCAUCGUGGGGUGCGCGCUCAUGGCCGACACGAGCAUGCAGCGCAGUCGCUCGACGACGCUGGUCCUGGUUUAUUCGAUCAAAUCCGCCAUCUUCCUCCUCUACGUAUACCUCUCCACCCACACCGAGCGCUUCCAGCGCUUCGCCUCGCUCAAGGCGAACUUCAUCCUCGACACCCUGGACUGCCUGCUCUGGUUCACGGCGUUCAUCAUCUCGUGCAUGGGCGGCGGGCGGUGCGCGGGGAGUUCCUGUGCGCUGUUGGGUGUUGCGGCGACGCUGGCGAUUAUGCUGGCGAGCCUGUAUUUCGUGGUUGCGGUGGGGAUUGACUGGGUGCGGUGGCGGGCGGGGAAGGCGGUGGCGAUCAAAGAGCAGGUCUGA